UAUCAACUGCACGCAAGCAUGCACGAGAGUAGCUCUCCAUGCACGCAGGGACCCGAACCCCAUCUUUGCUUUCUUGAAGACAAAGCAUGCAGGUGGUGAUGGCUGAAGGGGAAAGCACCAGGAGGUGGUGGUGGAUCCAAAGGCUGGAGGAAAUGGAAUGUCAAAGCCCUAAUGAUUCCCGAUCAUGAUGAGCCGGAGCAGGCUCUCGAUACUCCCUGUUGUUGCGAGUGCUGCAGUCUAAUCAUCCAUGUCCGCUCCACCUUCCUCUCGUCGUCACCGUGAGGAGCGGCAGCGGAAAGGGGACGGCAGUGUUUGCUGCGACAUGAUGCACUGCGUGACCCACCACCACCACCACCACCACCACCACCGAUCCCUUUCACGUCAGCUGUCGGAAGAAGUGGCAAGUCGUCGCCUUUUCCCUCCUCUUUCUCCUGCUCGACCCGCCCUUGCAUCUGCUGCUCCGAAGCUUCCUCUGCCGAGACGAUGAGUCGCGUCCAGCACCAGCAGCAGCAACUCCACCACGUUUGCUCCUCCCCGCAGCAGCAACGAUGCGAUGACUGGAUUUUUCUGGAUGUUCCUAGUGAUAUCACCAUUUAUGUAAAUGGGGUGAGAUUUGCUCUGCAUAAGUUUCCACUGGUCACCAGAAGUGGUCGAAUUAGGAAGCUGAUCUCAGAGCACAGGGACGCUGCUGACACUGCAAAGAUCGACCUGCUUAACUUACCUGGGGGCCCUGAGACGUUUCAGCUGGCCGCCAAAUUCUGCUACGGCAUCAACUUCGAGAUCACCACCGCAAAUGUUGCUCAACUUUGCUGCGCGUCCGAUUACCUUGAGAUGACAGAGGAGUAUGCAGAAGGGAACCUGUCGUCCCGUUCCGAAGCUUACCUUGAUGACGUCGUUUGCAGAAGCCUGGAGAUGUGUGUCCAGGUGCUGCAACAGUGUGAAGGCCUCCUUCCCCUGGCCGACGAGCUCAAGAUCGUCAGCAGGUGCACCGACGCCAUCGCCUCCAAGGCAUGCGCGGAGCAGAUCGCCUCGAGCUUUUCGCGCUUGGAGUACAGCUCCGGAAGGCUGCACAUGAACAAGCAGGUCAAGUGCGGCGAGGACUGGUGGAUCGAAGACCUCUCCGUGCUUCGGAUUGACUUGUAUCAGAGAGUCAUCGAGGCCAUGAAGUGCCGAGGAGUUCGUCCGGAGAGCAUCGGAGCCUCGCUCGUGGACUGCGCCGAGAAGCUACUCAAGAGAAAGCCCAUCUUAGGGGCCAGAGCUGGUGCUUCAGCUGAGGCCAUCGAACGCGAGGAGAAGACGGUGAUCGAGACGAUCGCCGGCCUACUGCCGGGAGAGAAGCACACUGUGCCCAUGAGCUUCCUCUUCGGCCUGUUGCGCUCGGCGGUGAUUCUCGACUGUCCCAUGACCUGCAGGCUCAAUCUGGAGAGGAGGAUCGGGUCGCAGCUGGAGAUGGCUACUCUCGACGAUCUCUUGAUACCUUCUUCCCAACAUGCAGGGGAAACAAUGUUCGAUGUCGACGCAGUUCACAGGAUCCUCGUGGUCUUCUCUCAGCAGGACGACAGCGACAACGAUGGCUUGGGCUACGAAGCCGACGGUCCUCGCCCUCUCUCCCAAACUGCGCUGGACAAGGUGGGAAGACUAGUGGACAACUACCUCGCGGAGAUUGCUCCAGAUGCUAACCUCAAGCUUGCCAAGUUCGUCGUCAUCGCCGACGCCUUACCAGGGUAUGCUCGCACCACAGACGAUGGCCUGUAUCGCGCCAUUGAUAUCUACCUCAAGGCUCAUCAGGGGCUACCAGAGUUGGAGAGAAAGAGGCUCUGCAAGCUGAUCGACUUCCACAAGCUCUCAGAAGAAGCCAGCGGUCACGCGGCACAGAACGAGAGGCUCCCGCUGCAGGCAAUUGUGCAGGUGCUUUACAUCGAGCAGCUAAGGCUCAGAAACGCAUUAUGCUGCUCCUACUCAGAGGAGGACCAGAAAACAGCUCCCCAGUCGCGAUGCACCAGCAAUGGCGUGUUCAGUGCAGGGCUGUCUCCUCGGGACAACUACGCGUCGCUGAGGAGGGAGAACAGGGAGCUGAAGCUUGAACUGGCCAGGAUGAGGCUUCGGCUGAGCGACCUCGAGAAAGGCCAUGCCUGCAUCAAGCAAGAUAUGGAGACAUCCAACUCGCGAAAGCUCAUACUCUCCGUCUCCAAGAGGAUCCGAAGCUCAAACUUAUUUAGCGGCGCUGCUUCUGAUUUGCCUUCCAAGAGCUCACUCGGAGCAGAUUCCAGAGUCAGUAGCAAGCCUUGAAUCACACCUCGCCAUUGAUGCACAAACUCAAAGUUUGCCUCUGAGAGAUGAUGAUGUUAGCACUGUAAGUAGUAGUGUAUUGUGAGUUCACAAGCUCUGCCAAUCCUGGUUGGUUCAUUUGUUCUCUUUGUUGUCAAUUUGCUUGAUGUUGCAUGAUACAUUGGUCCAAUGAUGUAAAGCAAGAAAAAGUCUUCCAUCACCACAAACAAUGAAAACACCUGAAGAAGGCACCAAGAUGAUCCAAACCAUCAGUCUCACACCAACAACAUUGGCUCAACAAAUUAUAUAUGUAAGUCCAAAACCAGACUAAACUGUUAGUCAGAGCAAACCAAAUUGACAUGUCACCUUCUUUGUUCUCUUGUCUCUCUCAACUUGCUUCAGUUUGUUUGAUGCUCUUCAUCAUUGUAGGGGAGGAUAAACACCAAGCAAAAUAGAGGAUGAUGGGGUCUAUCAGGAUAAAAUUCUUCCAUGGAUGCAUAGGAACAUAAAUGAGUGGGAUCCUUCAAAUUUA